UGACGUCAUUUAGAGAAAAGCGAAAGUUAAAUAAUCGUCCUACUGAAAAAGUUUAACAGGUAGCAUUCUUGUUCUAAACCCUGCUCAGGAAUACAUUUAAGAAACUUGAAUAGGGAACAGUUUGGCUCUGCACAAUAGAACGAAAACGGGAUUAUCACCAACCUUUUACUAAAUAAAACGUUAGGCUGUAGACUAGAUCACUUCCAAAACAUGUCUGAAAGCAAUGAUAUCGACGAGGGUUUUUACUCCCGACAGCUGUAUGUGUUGGGUCAUGAGGCGAUGCGUCGCAUGGGGACAGCUAAUGUCCUCAUUGCGGGGAUGCGGGGUCUAGGGGUGGAGAUCGCCAAGAAUGUCAUCCUCUCUGGAGUGAAGUCCGUCACUGUGCAGGAUGAGGGACUGGCUGAGUGGAUGGACUUCUCCUCACAGUUUUUCCUGCUGGCAUCUCACCUUGGUCAGAACCGAGCCCUGAGUUCCCUAUCUCAGCUGUCUGCCCUUAAUCCCCAUGUCCAUGUGUCUGCCCACACUGGGCCACUGAAGGAGACGCUGCUGCAACAAUUCCAGGUGGUGGUGCUGACUGACUCCUCUCUGGAUGACCAGCAGCGUUUUGGGACGUUUUGUCAUUCAAAUGGAAUCAAGUUCAUUGUGGCUGAUACCAAAGGACUUUGUGGUCAGUUGUUCUGUGACUUUGGGGAGGAGUUUGAGGUCUUGGACACUGAUGGGGAGACACUUGCAUCAGCCAUGAUAGAUGAUAUCACCAAGGCGGAUCCUGGAGUGGUCACAUGCAUUGAACAGAGGCAUGGCUUUGUAGAUGGCAGCACUGUGUCCCUCUCUGAAGUGUGUGGCAUGACAAAGCUCAAUAGCUAUGGACCAGUGGACAUCAAAGUCCUUGGCCCUGAUUCCUUCAGUAUUUGUGACACAUCAAGCUUUUCUGAGUAUGAGAAAGGCGGCGUAGCAACUGAGGUCAAAACGUCUAAAAUACUACGAUUUAAACCCCUCGACGAGGCCUUGGUUGACCCUGAGUUACUAGUAAUGACUGACUAUGGGAAGAUGAUGAAGCACCAGACACUGCACCUGGCCUUCCAAGCCCUGCAUGGCUUUGUGAAGAGAGUGGGACGACUACCUAAGCCCAGGUCCCAGUCGGAUGCUGAGCUACUGGUAGCCAUGGUGACAGAACUGAAUAAGGUGUCCCAUCUGGAUCAGUUGGAUGAAGGUGUGGUGCAGAGUCUGUCCUUCACUGCCUGUGGUGACCUGGCCCCUGUUAACGCCUUCAUCGGAGGGCUGGCCGCCCAAGAAGUCAUGAAGGCGUGCACUGGGAAGUUCACCCCUCUUCAGCAGUGGCUGUACUUUGAUGCACUGGAGUGCCUUCCUGAAGGCAACGGUGGAGAGGGAGAGGAACUGACAGAGAGCACUUGUUCACCAAGAGGUUCUCGGUAUGACGGGCAGACUGCAGUGUUUGGAUCAGGCUUCCAGGAGAGGCUUGGUGAACAGAAGUAUUUCCUUGUUGGGGCUGGCGCUAUAGGUUGUGAACUUCUCAAGAAUUUUGCUCUGAUUGGCCUGGGGGCUGGAGAGGGUGGGCACAUCACUGUGACAGACAUGGACUCCAUAGAGAGAUCCAAUCUAAACCGACAAUUUCUCUUCAGGUCUCAAGACAUUGGGAGACAGAAGUCAGAGAUAGCAGCCCAGGCGGUCAGAGUCAUGAACCCCAACAUGAACAUCACAGCCCACCAGAACCGCCUGGACCCAGACAGUGAGCAGGUCUAUGGGCACACCUUCUUCAUGGGCCUAGAUGGAGUAGCUGCAGCUCUGGACAACGUGGAAGCCAGAGUGUACCUGGAUGGCCGCUGUGUCCAGCACCAGAGACCCAUGCUGGAGGGGGGUACCCUGGGUAGUAAGGGCCAUACUCUAGUGGUAGUUCCCCACCUGACUGAGUCCUAUGGACCGGCCAAGACCGGCUCCCAGAAUGCCAUCCCACUGUGCACCUUGAAGAACUUCCCUCAUCGCAUAGAGCACACCCUGCAGUGGGCCAGAGACCAGUUUGAGGGGCUCUAUAAACAAGCAGCUGAACAUGUUAAUCUGUACCUCAGGGAUGCUGCUGGUUUCCUGGAGCGCACCCUGGGUCGGGGGGAGGCGGAAGCUCUGGAGGUCCUGGAGUGUGUGUGGGGAGGUGUGGGACAGCGGCCCCAAGGCUGGGAGGACUGUGUCCGGUGGGCCCGUCGCCAGUGGGAGACCCUCUACAACAACGACAUCGCACAGCUGCUGCACUGUUUCCCCUCUGACCAGUUGACGAGUUCAGGUCUGCCUUUCUGGUCUGGAGCAAAGAGAUGUCCCCAUCCCUUGACCUUUGACCCUAUCAAUAUCACCCAUAUGGACUAUGUGGUGGCAGCAGCCAACCUCUAUGGGCAGAUCUAUGGGAUUGUGGGUACACGAGACAGCUCUGCAAUCAGGAGCAUCCUAGAGACGGUCCACAUACCUGCCUUCACCCCCAAGUCUACCGUCAAGAUCCAUCUCACUGACAAGGAGAUGGAGGAGGAGAGGGAGAGUGGACAUUUAGACACAGGCCGACUGGAGGAGUUGCAGAAGAAGCUGUCCUCUCCUCCAGUGAACAGCGCAGCCCUGCAGAUGCACCCCAUUGACUUUGAGAAGGAUGAUGAUAAUAACUUCCACAUAGACUACAUAGUGGCUGCCUCUAACUUGAGGGCAGAGAACUACGACAUCCCAACAGCUGAUCGUCACAAGAGUAAGCUGAUCGCGGGUCGCAUCAUCCCGGCUAUAGCUACGACCACGGCUGCGGUGGCAGGUCUGAUGUGUGUGGAGCUGUACAAGCUGGUCCAGGGCCACAGGAAGAUCAGCUCCUACCGCUCAAGCUACAUCAACCUGGCUGUCCAGUACUGUGUCCUGUCAGAGCCCCUCGGGCCACAGCGCUUCACAGUUGCAGGAAAGGAGUACUCCCUGUGGGAUGACUUCCUGGUUUAUGGCAGAUGUGACCGUGGACAGGAAAUGACCUUGGGAGAGUUGCUGCUACACAUCAAGCAAACAUACAACUUAGAGAUCACCGGCCUGUUUUAUGGGAAUGCUGUCUUGUACGAUGUUGGCUCCAAUCACACGGAGAGGCUGGUGAAGAGUGUGUCUGAUGUGGUCAGCCAGGUGACCAAGAUGGAGGUCCCCCAACAUCUGCACAUGUUGGAGAUAUUCCCUUCCUUCGCCGAGGAUGAGGACUGUGAGACGGUCCCUCCCAUCAGGUACCUGUUCAGAUGAUGUCAUCAAAAGGGGACAAGCCUGAGAGGCCCUAACAGAGCCACACUCCUAACCACCUCAUAGUUAUCUGCUCAGAUCACUAAAGAAAGGACCUCCAUUGAAUUAUAUUGGUAAAUUAAAACAAGCUGCUUUUUUGAUGUUGAUAUGUAUGUAAUAUGUUGUCUCGCACCUAGGCCACAGGUCAUGUUCUUUCUGGGGCAAAUAUAUGGAUUUUUAGAAGCUGCAUUGUUGUGAUAAAUAAACAAUAGCUUUCCACUUCUAUUAUUGUAAUCAUAAAGAAUGGCGUUUUAAUUUGUAUUUGAUUAAAUUAUUCACCUCUG